AUGUCCCUGAUGACUUCCCUGCGACUUUCCACAUGCCGCCGUCGCCUGUCUGCUCAGCCUCCAGCAUUACAGGACACACCUAUGUUACCUCCUAUAGGGCCAUCGGCUUCGAAUACACGCCGUAGACGCAGGCACCCUCCGGUAACCUCGUCAGCUCCAGAAGUGCCACGCCCCAGUAUCAUCGCUUCGCCUGAUCCCUACCGGAAACGUAAGGCUCAUAUGUUGGUCAGUCCACAGCAAGGCACUGUUUACUCGCCUUUCAAGCUUGGCCCAUUAUCUCACGCAUGCCGUUAUUGUGGGGCCUUAUUUUGGUAUGAGGAGCGUGUCAAGCAAGACCGACAUGCAUCAUCGCCCGUAUACACCAAGUGCUGCAAAAAGGGGAGUGUCAUCUUGCCUCCAUACAGGCCGGCUCCGGAACCUUUGCGUGGUCUUCUCACAGGAGUGGACAAAUCACUAUCAGCUCAUUUCUUCGAAAACAUCAGGUACUACAACUCUAUGUUCGCCGUUACAUCGAUGGGCGUUCGUGUGAUUGAGUCUAUCAAUGAUGGUCGCGGACCAUAUGUGUUCAAGAUAAGUGGCCAGCUCUGCCACCGUAUUGGGUCACUCUUGCCGAGGGACGGACACCGACCUGAAUAUGCUCAGCUAUAUAUAUUUGACACUGAUAAUGAGGUCAGAAAUAGGAUGAAUGUAGCAAGUUAUACAGGAAGCAAUUUUUCUCCACGCCAAGAUAUUGUUGCUGCACUUAUAGACAUGUUCAACACACAUAACCCAAUUGUCCAACUGUUCAGAACAGCUCGUGAUAGAAUAGUUGGAAGUGCUCCAGACAAAUAUGUCAUAAGAUUGUAUGGUGAACCUGAUAAGCAUGGUGACAUAUUUAGUGCUCCUGUGGCCUCUGAGGUUGUUGGCUUAGUAGUUGGUGAUGUAGGUCAAAGUGAUGGUGGCCGUGAUUUAAUUGUGGAAGAUCAAUCUGCUGUAUACACGAUUGAGUUCCAAAAACGUGGCCUUCCACAUGUUCAUAUUAUAGUAUGGUUAAAUAAGAACGGACCGCUUACAGCUUCUGAUGUUGACAAACUCAUAUCUGCACAACUACCAGAUCAAAAUGUUGAUCCAGUUGGGUAUGAAGCUGUCAAGACAUUUAUGAUCCAUGGUCCUUGUGGAUCUGCUAACCCCAGGUGUUCAUGCAUGGUCGAUGGUCAAUGUUCCAAGCACUAUCCUAAAGAAUAUUGUGACAGGACAGUAAUCUUGCAGAAUGGCCAUGUUCGGUACGCCCGACCAAAUAAUGGAAACAAUGCAAAAAAGAAUGGCAUUGAUCUUGACAAUCGCUUUGUUGUUCCUCACAACGUUGACUUAUUGGUCAAAUAUCAGGCCCACAUAAAUGUAGAGAGGGCUAAUCGUGAUGGAAUGGAAAAAUACCUAUUCAAGUACCUUGCUAAAGGAUUCGAUUGUGCAAGGGUGGGCCUCCAGCGUAGGCGGCCAUUCACAGAAACUUCUAUACAAAGAUUUGAUGAGAUACGUGCCUACCUGGAAUGUAGGUGCAUAGCUCCAAAUGAGGCAGCAUAG